GGGGUGGGCUGAGCCGGGCUGAGGGCGGCCGGAGCCGCAUGGCUGCCCGCGAGCGGGACGCGAUCUCCUGGUACCAGAAGAAGGUCGGGGCCUACGAUCAGCAGAUAUGGGAGAAGGCGAUCGAGCAGACGGAGAUGAAGGGCUUCAAGAGCAAGCCGAAAAGGAAGGGCCACAUCCAGGCCGACCUGAUCGACGUGGAUCUGAUCCGAGGUUCUACGUUUGCCAAAGCUAAGCCUGAGAUCCCCUGGACGUCGUUAACUCGGAAGGGAAUCGUGAGGGUUGUGUUCUUCCCGCUGUUCAGUCAGUGGUGGAUCCAGGUGACGUCCCAGCGCAUUUUCACGUGGCUCCUGGUGCUCUACGUUAUGCAGGUCAUAGCAGUUGUGUUGUAUUUCGUGAUGCCUGUUGUGAACGCAAGUGAAGUCAUGGGACCGAUGUGCCUUAUGUUACUGAUGGGAACUGUUCACUGCCAAAUAGUGUCCACCCAGAUGAACAAAACAUCAGGAAACAACGGCCUCAGCAGGAGGAGGAGGAAAUUACGCAGAUCUGUGGGUGUUGAUGGGAACAGUUGGUCUCCUCCUGACAGAGCCAGCACAGAACAGCAGGCGGAAUCCGCAUCCGCGCUCACCACUUUAUUUGGCAUUCUCUUCCGGAGGAGGGUCAGAAACACAACGUUGGUGGCUGAGAAAGGAACUGAGACAGAACACGGUGUGAGUGCUGUGAAUAAUGUCAUUAAGCACAGACAUGGCAGGUCCGAGCACAGGCUGCUGCACUUCAAAGAGAAAAAUAAACUUUCCAAUGUGGAGAAGAGCCAUCAGGAUGACUGCACCAACAGAGAUGGUGUAUCUGACGAGCUUUCAAGCGAGGAGGAUGCUGAAGCAGUGGCAGAAAGGCUCUUGUUACGGCAGCAUGUAGAAGGGGCUUCCAGUGACAACAGCUAUGAAGAGAAGAAAAAGCAGCGCCCUGUCUCUCUGAACCAGGCUGUCUCACAGCAGGUCAGGCAAGCACUCAGAGGUGUCAGAGAUUCUGACAGCGUCGCGGAAUCUGAACUCGAAUCCACAUUAUAUAAUCAGGACUCGAGGUCAUGCAUGAAUGUGGGGUCCCGGAGCUGUAGUGUGACCCGGAGAGACUCCGAGAGCACACGGCAUGACUCGGAGACAGAAGACAUGCUUUGGGAUGAUCUGCUGCAUGGGCCGGAGUGCCGCUCGUCCUGCACCAGCGACAGCGAGGAGGAGACCAUGAAAGGCAGCAGGAGGGACCUGAAGGAAGACGUUUUUCAGCAGAACCAUUUGCUGUGGCUACAGAAUACAAGUCCAGAAUCUGCAAAAGUGAGCGCACUGAUCUGGGAAGGGAAUGACUGUAAGAAGGUGGACAUGUCUGUGCUGGAGAUCAGUGGGAUCAUCAUGAGCAGGGUUAAUGCCUACCAGCAGGGAGUGGGGUAUCAGAUGUUGGGAAACGUCAUCACCAUCGGAUUAGCGUUCCUACCAUUCCUCUACAGACUCUUUCACACUGAUAACAUGGAGCAGUUGUGCUCCAUUUCUCUGAAGGAGCUUUUGCACAUCUUCUGUGGAGCACCUGCUAGCAUCCCUGUCAUUGUUUUGUCUACAAUCAACUUCCUUGAACGGCUUUGCUUGACCUGGAUGUUUUUCUUUAUGAUGUGUGUUGCUGAGAGAACAUACAAACAGAGGUUUUUGUUUGCCAAGCUUUUCAGUCACAUCACAUCGGCUCGGAAAGCCAGGAAAUACGAAAUUCCUCACUUCAGACUCAAGAAGGUAGAAAACAUUAAGAUCUGGUUAUCUCUUCGUUCCUAUCUAAAGAGGCGAGGCCCGCAGCGCUCCGUGGAUGUUGUUGUGUCAUCCAUCUUCUUACUGGCUCUUUCAAUUGCUUUCAUAUGCUGUGCCCAGGUCCUGAAGGGUCACAAAACAUUUCUGAACGCAGCUUACAACUGGGAGUUCUUAAUCUGGGAGGCAGCACUUCUUCUCUUUUUACUGCGCCUCGCAUCCUUGGGCUCUGAAACCAACAAGAAAUACAGCAAUAUUUCCAUCUUGCUUACUGAGCAGAUAAACUUAUACCUAAAGAUGGAGAAGAAACCAAACAAGAAAGAACAGCUGUCUCUAGUUAACAAUGUUUUGAAACUGUCUACAAAGCUGCUGAAGGAAUUGGACACACCAUUCAGGCUGUACGGGCUGACCAUGAACCCAUUAAUCUACAACAUAACACGUGUUGUAAUACUCUCUGCUGUCUCGGGUGUUAUAAGUGAUCUGCUGGGAUUCAAUAUCAGAUUAUGGAAAAUUAAACCAUGAACUGACUGACCAUCAGCACAGCCCUCUCCAGCAGAAGGACAGAGCACAGACCGAGGGCUUGGACACAAAGCAGGGCUGCUCUCACACGACAGAGGUCUGUCACUGCAGUUUCUUUAACAGAGCCUCAAGGUAUGCACUGAAAGUUGUCCCUCUGCUUUACUGUUCCAUAACAUAUAGACUAAACUGGUCCAAUUUAUGAAGUCAUCCUAUGGCAUGCACAUGUGAAACAGAAUAAAUUGAGCCAAAUACUGGUACUAGUUCGCACUGAAGAUAGCAGGAACUGCAUGCACAGACUGUGGAGCAUCACUUGCUACAAAAGCCAUGCUAGAGCUUGUACUGGAACGACACAGGUGGUUGCUACAGGUGCUUUGUUUCUCUAAAAAUCGGUCCUGUGCAAUAACCUAACAAAUCAGUCCUGGUGGUGUUCGCCUCAUUUUCAGAGAGCACCGGAGCUACGCUGGGCUGUGUGUGUCUGCCUUCACAGCACUGCUCAGAUGGUACUGAUGAGGCGUUAAUGUGAAUGUGCUGAAGAGCACUUUUCUCAGCAUUUCAUUGUGCUUUUGGCUGCUGCUGCGGGAUGCAGUGACAGCAACCUGCACAGGAUGAACACUGACCCAAUGCUGACAGUUAAAGUUACGUUUGAACCACCUUACAAUACAAACAGGUAAAACAUCUGUCAGCUAAAAGAAAUUACUUUGCUAUGGUUGUUCUCUCUGACAGCUCAGUGUUUAAUCAGUGGGCAGGUAAUAGCGUGCCAUGUACAGGGCAUCCUGCUGUAAGUUCUUCCCAUGACAGCUGAAUUUGGUGUUCCAAGAAGCUGCUGCAGCUCUGCACUGCAAUAGUGCCUUACACUGGAAUACUUAAGGAAGAGUUCCUGGUGUGGUCAUCGCGUCAGUGGAAGAUGAUUGGAGAAAGACUUCCUCACUUAAAAGUAGAUCCAUGUUUAGAAAUGGCAUAGGAAAGAAAGAGAAGUUGUAAAGACAUCUGCUAAACUUGCAUUUUCCUUACGUUUUGCUGACUGUUACAUCAGUAAUGAAGAAAAGCAAAAUCCAACCUCCUCCUGGCUUCAUUCUGUCAUGUAAGGAAGCAAGAUGGCAUAAGAAUUUUUGGUAGUAAACUGUUUAUAGCUAUUUUCUGUACAAGGAAAGGUUGAAAGAUGGAAAAGAAAAUGACAACUUUAUAUAUCAAAAUGUACAAAUAAACCUACAGUACAAGUAUUUCUUCAUCAACAGCUGUUUCUACAUGACUUCAUGACUGUAUCACCUUUGUUGAACAUUUGUUAUCUGAGCAGGAAGUCAAGGAAACUUUCAAUAAUAAACUGCAUUUGUUUUCCAGAA